AUGCGCCCGCUUACACGACAUUAUCACCAGGAAGAAUCACUCCCCGCUACAUUCUGUGAUCACCGUCACCCAAUGCAUACAGAGCGAUCAAUACGUUCUCGCAAACGAUCGCUUUCGGAGCAAAUACCUGCUGACGCACCGCCUGAGCAGCUUCUCAAGAAGCAAAAAGUCAAACAUCCUAGCGGGUCUUUGCUCCCAGCGGCGUUCUGGGAUAAUCUCUCCAAAGUCUGGCUGACACAUAACGCACUGCGGGAACUUGAUCGAAGGAAUACACAGAUUUCAGCUAUCCAGGCAACGCGGUCAUCAAGACCUGUCACUUCAAAGGACAGAAAGGAUAUUCGAAGGUUUGCGCGUCAGGGUGGUCCAGACUUAUCGGAACUAAGGGGUUAUCCACCGCCUACAAUGAAAUCUCACCGACCGUACCGUAUCCAAAAACGCAGUGUCAGCGCUUCACGAGGUUCAAGUACCUCGCGAAGCACCAAACCGUCAACUACCAAAAGUAGUGGACCGUACGAUCGCGAUUUUCACCAACAUCUAAUCGAUCAUGGGAUCUUUCCCCAUCGUUAUCGAUUCCCCGACGGACAUAUGCCUUCGAAGCCCGGCAAUUGGGAUAACAUACUUGCUAGACUUGCUCAGCCUCGACCCUCACUUUCCCCUUCCAGAUUUGCCGAUGAGGACUUUGAAGAAUUUCUUCAGAUGGAUACAGAUGCUUCGAAGGAGAAACAGGUCACGGAGAAUGUGAUUCCCUUUAUUGAAGGCAAAAAUCCAGAUAGCAAAUGUAUAGGGGGUGGUAUUCCUUUCAGGAAUCUCGACCAUCUUACGGAUGGCACUCUGGUACCUGGUAAUCCUGAUCGUUAUCAUGGGGCACGCCCGGAGCAACUCGACCGUCGGAUACGAAUUGAACUCAGUGAUCAGAUUGUUCCAUCCACGCAGCAUGAUCUACCCAUAGCGCCAAACUUCUUCCUGGCAGCGAAAGGCCCAGACGGGUCGGCAUCAGUCGCCAAAAGGCAGGCAUGCUAUGAUGGUGCAUUAGGAGCAAGGGGAAUGCACUCUCUUCAAGAGUAUGGCAAAGACGAGCCUGUUUUUGAUAAUAAUGCUUAUACAAUCUCAUCCAUAUAUCAUGAUGGCACCUUAAAAAUGUUUACCAGUCAUCCUUCAAGAUCAACUACAGCAAAUCGGACCGAGUAUUAUAUGACACAAAUCAAAGGGUGGUCUAUGACAAGUGAUCCUGAUGCGUUUCGAGAAGGCGCAACUUGGUAUCGUAACGGCAGGGAUUGGGCAAAGGAACAACGUGACGACGCAAUAAACCGAGCAAGUGAGAAAGCAGCCCAAAGCACUAUUGAGCCUACUGCCGUCAAUACCAGCUUCAGUACAGUUUGCGAAAUAUCGAGUACUGAGUCAGAGUGUAUAACUGAGCAGUCCUAUUUCUCGUUCAACGGUACAAACACAACCGAAACACACUCAUUGCAGUCGACACGCUCCCUGUCACCCAAACCAGCCUAAGUUAAACAUAACGAAUAACGAAUUCUAGACUGACCAUGCAUCUUGUUGUAUUUCUUUGCUGCGUGCUUUGGGGGAAGUCACAUUUUUCGUUACAGAAGAGGAUAACAUGCUUCCAAUCCGCUUAUGAGCUUGCGGGCUCAAGGUCUAAUUUGAACACAAUUUUCCAAGCGGUCCUGUGUCUGCUUAUUGCCCCAAGACUUGUAACUUCGUGUUCACGCUCCCCGAAAAAUCAUCCGGCGUUUUACGUUCCGGGAUAGGAUAGUAUGUAUCCUAUCACAAUUAGCCCUGCAGACAAGAAGGUGAGGAAGCUUACCAGAUGCGAUAAAUGUGAUGACCAAAUCCCAGUGGUAUCCGCACAAAAUGACUUGAUGCGACCGGUAUCACGAAAUCUGAUGCCAAGGAAAACCUCAGCAUCAGCCAUAAUGCUGAGUUCAUAUGCCUUUUUUAGAAGUGUACUCCCACGUCGGUUUCGCUGUUGUCUUUUAUGCUUUUUUUGCAACACAAUCAUGGAAUAAGUCCGAAUCUUUUGGCUAGCCAUACUGUUAUUUGUAACUAAAUUAUGGAGGAAAAGAAGUGAUCGGCUAGAGCAAAAUCCAUGUACAAACACAGCCUUUAUAUCGGUGACUAAGUGUGUUUGAGUUCAAGCGCUUCUCAAAUGGUG